GAAGCAGGGCACACAGAUUGGAAAAAAGAGACAGCGAUAAAGAGGUGACUGUGACAAGAGAAUCUCAUCACUAAUCAUCAGAUCAUUACAGACCUGUCAAGAUGAAUCACAGCUCCAACGAGAAAGAACCAGAGACCAUAGAGCCACUGCGUUAUCUCAGUAAAACAGAGGUGUCGGCCAUUGAGACAGAACUCCUGCGGGACUAUCGAUUCGGGCAGCAGCAGUUGAUUGAAAUAUGGGGCCAUGCAUGUGCUAUUGCCAUCACCAAGGCUUUUCCCUUGAGCUCUCUGAGUAAAAAUCAGCCCACCCUGUUGGUUGUUUGUGGUCCUGACCAGAAUGGCUCCGUUGGUCUUGUGUGUGCACGCCAUCUGCGCAUAUUUGAAUAUGAGCCCACCAUUUUCUAUCCCAAGCGUUCCUCUCAGAGUUUGCACCAGGACUUCACCGUUCAGUGCGAGAAAAUGGACAUCCCAUUCCUCUCCUAUCUUCCAACAGAGGUCCAGCUGCUAAAUGACGCCUACAAUCUGGUGAUUGAUGCCAUCUUGGGACCAGAAACUGACCACAAGGAGGUGAAGGAGCCCUACGCUGGGAUGCUGGUGACUCUAAAACAGGUCAAAAUACCCAUCGUUAGUGUGGACGUGCCAUCAGGUUGGGAUGUGGAUGAACCUGGAAAAGAUGGGAUAAAUCCAGAAGUUCUUGUCUCCCUGACAGCCCCCAAAAAGUGUGCAGCAGGUUAUUCGGGAAAGCAUUUUCUGGCGGGGAGAUUCCUACCCUAUGAUAUUCAGAAGAAAUACGAACUGAAUCUGCCUGAAUUCCCAGGCACAGAAUGUGUUAUACAACUGUAGCAAUUUAUUAAAAAAAACAAUCUGUAUUUUGAAUAAAAAAAAUAUGUUUUUCCCCUUUUGUAUUUUAUAGAUUGUUCUGUGGCAUUCUGUUACUGACAAAUGUUAUUAUUGAUUGGAUACUUUGGCUAGUAUAAAUGAGAUGGGUUUACAAUGAUGAACUGAAGCUGCAGAAGUUUCACAUAUGUUCAACAUUCAUGUCUCAAAUUCGCCAAUAUACAAUAUUGUUCAAUACAUAUUAAUGUUGUCUUUUUAAUGUUGGAUAUAUACAAAGUGCAUUACCCUGACAGUGCCUCCUGUCUAAUGUAUUUGACAACUACCAAAUCAAUGCUUUUCCACUGGAAUGUUACUCCAAUUGAAAUAAAUUCACCUGUACUUUUUUUUUGUGGAAAGGUUAUGUAGUCUACAAUAGUCUGAGGCUGAAGAACAUAUAUGUGUAGAUCAUUUUGUAUUUACAUGUACGGUACAUGUUUUCAUUGUUUUUAUGAG